AGCAUGUUUUACAAUAUGCCACAUUUAAGGCUCUUAUCUUCGGGGAGUGACCCUGAAUAAGACACGCGCAGCUUAGACACACUACAAUAACCCGUCUACAUCUUACAAGGCAAGCAUUAACCACAGAGGAAGGGUCGAAGAACAAACGAGUCCCUGUCCUGGUUGUAAGACUCACCGGAUGCACCGAGGUGCUGCAGAUAUGAGUGUGGCGGGAGAGGAAACGCUGGACAGCUCUGCGAUGUCGGAGGAGGAAGUGGAGGACCAGCAGGCGACGGCACAGGAACACAAGUCCAGUCCCGACAGAAGCAGCUCCAAAAUAUCCGCUGCAGGGGAAAUCAUUGAAGGCAAGCGGGCAAAGAAGACUGUGGAGAGGCUCGAUUUCCAGGCACCGAAGCAGAAGGAGAAGCUCAAAAUAGGAGAUGGAAGCGGAGAUAAACUAGGAGACAUUCCACGCACGUGUUUCCAGAUCACCAAGAUGAAGACAGCUGACCUGAAGCCUCUGCACGCCAUCCUGUUCGACAGGCCGGGGAAGAUGGCGAUUCUGAAGAAGAACCUGCGUCUGUUUAACGGCUUUCCUUUUGCCGCCGACAGCGAAGAGUUCACCAAAAAACGAGAAAAGCUUCUAAAGAAUUCCAAUUUCACCAACACCAAACUGAAGGUUGUCUGCAAGGUUUUGGAUCUGGAGAAGAAAGGAACCCACUCAGAUCUCGUCGACAGGAUCCUGACGUUCCUCAUCGAACCCAAAAACAGCGGGAAGCGGCUGCCGGUGAAGAAGAAGAGGAAGUCAAAGAAGAAACUGUCAGGCGACGACUCGAAGGCGAGCGCCAAGAAGAAGAAGAGAAAACCCGAACCCCAGAGCGCUUCGUCCAGUCCCAAGAAGUCCAAAGCGGGAAGCAAGUCCAAAGCAAUCGUAAUGGACUCCAGCAGUGACGAGGACAGCGAUGAAGAAGAGGAGAAGGCGGCGGCUUCGGCCGGGGCUGAGGAGUCGGAGACCGAGAAGAAACCUUCAGAGGAAAGGGAGGACCAGUCCGACAAAUCCGAGGAGUCCGAAGAAGAGGAGGCGGAGGAGGAGGAGGAGUCUCCCAAAUCAACGCCGGCCAGAGGGAAGUCGACCUCCAAGAAGUCAGCCCCCGUGAAGAGGCAGCGGACACCGGCGAAGAAGACGGGUCCUCCUAAAAAGAGAGCGAGGAAGGAAGUUUCAGACGAGUCGGACGCCGACAGUGAAGCUGACGAGAAGCCCAAGAAGAAGUCAGCCAAACCUGCCGCCAAAACCAAGAAGGCCGACAGCAGCAGCAACAGCAAGACCAACACAAACACAGCAGAGGACAGCUCCGACGACGACGAGCCGCUCAUCAAGAUGAUCAAGAAACCUCCGAGCGACGAGCAGCUGAAGGAGACGGUGCAGAGUCUGCUGGAGGAGGCCGACCUGGAGCAGAUGACCAUGAAACAGAUCUGCCAGAGGGUGUUUGACACUUACCCAGAACACAACCUGGCCAACAAGAAGGACUACAUCAAACAGACCGUCAAAUCUCUCAUCUCAUGAAGAUCUGAAGAAGAACCAUCGCUGCAGAACACCCCGGGGGAAGCGUUCCCAUUGUAACACUGUUUCAUACGAGUUGUUUUCUAACUGGGACUUGAGUUUAGAUUUCCAGAAUAGCUCAACAGUAGUCGUGGGUUAGGGUUCAGUCCUGAUUUAUUAGAUCUAUUUUUUUACAAUAAGUGUGCGAGUUGUUUUCACAGCAAAACAAAGUCCAUCUCCUUAGUCAGAUCUUUGCCUCGCAGGACUUCACCUUUUUUAUUUCUGGAUGAAGAUUUGUAGAUAUGUGUUUCUAAUAAGGUGAAGCUGUUUUUCAUGAAGUCAUUAGUUCCUCUCUUAAAACCUCUUUUGUACGCCCGGUUCCUUUGCGCUGUCGAGCAUUACAUCACAGUUUAAAGUCCUUAAACUAAAGUUCUGUUCUUACUAAUGAUUAAAAUUUUACUUUUUUCAAAUUAAA